UGUAGCGAGCGACGAUGGCAUCGGUUUCAGCUGUCAUUUAAUUGGCUUUGGUGUUUGAAGAAAGAAGAAAAUAAAUUUAGUGCUCUGUUGUUUUGCGGAAAUUUUUUGAUUUUUUUUCAGUAAAAUGGCUACACAACCAAUGAAGAUGAGCAGAAAAGUUACUUCCCGGCGGAACAAGAAGCUUGCAGCUAUGUCCAUAGAGUAUGAUCGGCAGAACAUGUUGGAUGAAGAGGAUGCGGGAAUAAGCGGAAUGGCGCACCGUAAUAUCAGUGGACUAUUCACGGUUGAGCACGUAGGAAAGAUAACUAGGCCUGCUUCGCUUCCGUCUUCGUCUGUCUCCGAUUUACAAAAGACGCAGCUCAACCUGAUCCAGCCCUCGAGUGCGAUUCAGUUCACCGUCAGCAAGCGUGCGGUUCAUGCCGGUGAUGUGCGCUAUGACCCGUAAUGUCGUUCGGAUCAACCCGUUUGGUGCAAGAAAAGCAUAAGCGAGUCCGACCCGUUGGGUCGCGAGUUCGGUUCGGAAUCGGACCAAAAUAGGUUCAAGACCCGACCUAAACUCGCUGCAACAAUGGGUCGGAGUUGUUUAUGAUUUCUUGCAUCAAUCGUUUGGGUUGACACUCGUUGAUUCCGACUCCGAUCUUGUGGACCUGCUGCACGCAUGGCCUCUGUGGAAGGAGACAGCCAUGACAAUGGACCUUCAUAGAACAGUUGAUCAUUAGCAGAACUGGCACGAAAUAAAUACAUUAAUAAAAGCACCGUUAAAAGUUCAAUACCGGCUUUACCCGA